UCGGCAUAAACUUUACUGUUAUACUGCGCGACAAAUUAAGAAGAAAACUGAAAAGAACAAAAAAGUUUUUAACUACACCUUUCCCUCUCUUUUUUUAAUUACCAAGAAACGUAACUCUGGGAGAAAGCGUUGAUCGAUCAACAAUGGCGUCGAAAAGCGUGUUAGAUAGCAUAGAAGCUUGGGUAUAUCAUUAUAGCAACUUUUUGAUCUUACUUUUGGUGGUGAUUGUCGUUCUGUAUCUAUGGGUGCGCAUACCUUCGGGUCUCCCUCCUUGUCCCAAAUGGGUGUGGCCAGGAUUUGCUCAUUCUCUCUUGGUGAAGGGUGACUUAGCAGAUCUUUUCCGUCGCCUGAGACGCCAACAUGGCGACAUAUUUAGUUUUUGGCUGGGAGGGCAGCUUGUAAUUGUCAUAAAUGGUUUCCAGAACAUCAAAGAAUUCUUCUUAGGAGACAGUGGAAAUGUUGCUUGGCGACCGGAUAUUUUAAACUGUGACUUGUUUCAUUAUGGUGUGAUCUGCACAUCAGGACGUCACUGGCGAGAGCAGCGUCAUGUGACAAGGACAGCAAUAGAAUACUUACAAGACAAAGGCUUGGAAAAGGCAAUAUUUGAAGAAAUGAAGGAAUUUAUUUCAGCAAUAAAGCAAAGCCAGCAGAAUGCAGUGGACCCACGCACUUACAUUCAGUCAUCAAUAUUCACUUCACUCUGUUCCUUGCUGUUUGGUCAUAAAUUUGACUGCAGAGACCCACGGGUAACUGAAGGGGUAUCCCACUUCAAUGAAAACAUCAAGCUCUACAGUGACUGUCGCCUGCCAAAUUUUUUCCCAUUUGAGAAGUUCCUCAUUGGAGACACAUUUGACACCAAGUUUUUGAGGCUAAACAUGGCUGACAUCCACCGCAAGCUCAUCAAUGACGAAUGUGAUCGACAUUAUGGGGAUGCUGAGAGAGAAGAUUUUAUCUCCCUUUAUCUACAGGCCAUACAACAGCAAGAGAGUGCAGACAAAGAGAAAAAAGAGAGGGAAGAAAAAGAGAGAAAAGCAAGUGGAAAGAAGGCAGCAAAAAAAGAUGAGAAGGAAAGUACAAUAAACAAAGGCAACAUGCAGGCUGUGGCAUACGACAUCCUUUGGCAUGGGACAGUGACAAUGGCAGGAGCUUUGCAAUGGGCUCUGUUGUUUCUCCUGCACUACCCUGAUGUACAGGUCUGUGCACAGGCAGAGAUAGAUGCAAACUUUCCAGAAGACACUGUGCCACUGACAGCUGAUGUGCGCCAGAAGUUGCCUUACCUUGAGGCAGUGGUUCUUGAGGUAUUCCGUCUGGCCAAUGUAGUUCCAUUUGCAAUGGCUCGUUCAGUACUGAAAGAAGUCAAGUUUCAUGGCUAUCGCAUACCUAACAAUGCUGUUGUUGUUCCCAACCUUGACUCUGUUCUUAUGGACCCUGAAGUUUUCAAGAAUCCAGAGACCUUCAAUCCAGAACGUUUCCUAGAUGCAUCAGGUUGCGCCACAUUUCCUGCCCAGUACAUUCCAUUUUUCUUUGGAGAUCGUGGCUGCCUUGGGAACAAAAUUUCUCAGUUGACUGUGCUGACCUUCCUGUUUGGCAUUCUACAGAAAUAUGACCUUGUUCCUGUCAAAGGGGCCAGUCUACCUCUUUCAGCCAAGGGCUAUCAGGUGGUUUCCCUACCAAAAGACUAUAAGAUUCGGUUUGUGCCAAGACGUUGAUGCUAGAACAUUAUUGAAACUCCUUUACAUUAUUCUCUGUAUCUGUUUGAUGUAAUUGCAAAACACUGUUGUGCCAAAUUAUGGAAUUGUGAAUGUGUCAAAGCCAAACAGGUGUAUUUCUAAGGAACUACUGACAACACAGCAGAUUUACAGAAUUUAUGUUUAUUCACACUUCUUUUUUGACUUACAGCUGAUAUUCUUUUUUUUUCACCUUGUUUGGACAGAAGUCAGAUUUACAUAAAUGCUGUAUCUUAUAAAACCUGUAAGUUAGUAAUGCUUAGAAAAUUCUUUGGGCAACUGUUAAAAGUUUAUCACAAGUGUUUUGCAGGAAAAAAAAAAGAGAACAAACAUGUUUUGUGAGGAAAAGUUGACUCUUAUAUAUUGUAGAAAAUUAUUUUACUGAUUGCAUGGUUAUCCAUGCUUUUAAUACCUUGUAACUUAACUACUCAGACUGCAUGCCUUGUUAAUUGUAUUGUAUACACAUAUAUCAAAUUGAAGACAUGAAUGAAUGAAAGAGAGCAAGAGAGGACAUUAUUAAAUGUAUAACUUGAAGAUCUUUGUACAAGGGGUAGCAGAACAUUUCUCAUUUUGUAUUCUGUGUCAAACCUUUUUUAGAAAAACUGGUGUGCUUUAUUAUAAAUAGCUUUUUAACUAUGAGCACAUGGUUUUCACCAGAGUGAUGAUAAGCUGCUGAAUGUGUGGAUUCUUGAAGCAGCUGAACAUUGUUCUCAGAACCAUGAACUUGUAGAUAGGUUAUCCGCAAGGGACCAUAUUGAGUGAAAUUGGACUUUCUACUGUUCCUGUUUGAGAUGAAACAAAAAGGUGGAAAAGUGGCUGAAUGUUGAGCACCUGGCUUAGACAAGUCCUCACCCUUCAGGAGUAAUUUUUUUUUUAAUAUUGUGUAGCACAAUAGAUCCUUCUCUAAGAGGAUUAAAAGCUGAUGUGCAUUUCCAGAUACCGUUGUUGCUAGUUCCAUUUUAGGAUUUGCAGGAAAAGAUGUUUUCCUUCUUUUCAUGUUUUGUAGAGUUAAAAUUUAUGUGAACGUGUACAUUUAUGUACUUGACAUGUUUUGAGACGAAUGGAGAGGAGGAAGGCACUCUUCAUUUGUAAUACAGACCUGUACAAAUACUGUAACCAACAGUUUACAAUGCUGCUAAAGAAGAACAUAUACUCCAUCUCUAUUUUUGACACAGAGUACUAGUCUUUUAGCUUCCCACACUAC